UAACUGUAUACAACAGAGAAAUGUCAUAUUACCGUAUAUGACUUUUAAUUUUGAUUAAAUCAUGUCUGUAUAGCUACUUAUAUUUGACUUAAGUAUUAUUUGCAAUAGUAUUCUGCAACAACCUUUUCUCGUUUAUAUCAUUAAUAUUUUGUUUGUCUCAUAAUUUUCAAUGAUCAUCUAUUAUAUCGAGUAUGGUAGAAGAUAAAAAAUAUGAAAUUGACAGCCGAAUUGUGUGUGAUGGACAUCAAGGUACAUUAAAGUAUGUUGGCCCUGUUGGUGACACUAAAGGUUUGUGGCUCGGUAUAGAUUGGGAUGAUCCAACACGUGGAAAACACAAUGGUACAUAUGAAGGAAUAAAAUAUUUUAAAGCUAGACAUCCAACAUCAGGUUCGUUUAUACGACCAGGUAAAGCAAAAUUUGGAAUUUCUUGUCCUGAAGCUAUUAAAAUUCGGUAUGGUCUUAUCAAUGAUGAAUUAGCUGGCAUUGACAGAGACACAUUGACAAGCUUACAAAAAGAAAUUAAUGCACCCUUUUUGGAAGUUGUUGGUUUUUCCAAAGUAAACAAAAAACAAAGCAAAUUUGAUCAAUUAAAAAUAGUGUGGUUGAGAGAACAGUGUGUCAGUACUGCUGGUAAUCCUAAUGAAUUAAAAGAAUUAUGUCCAAAUUUGGAAGAACUAGAUAUAUCUAAAAAUUUAAUAAAUAGUUGGCAAAUUAUAGCAGACAUCUGUUGUCAACUGCAUUGUCUUGUUCGGCUUAAUGUGAGUGAAAAUUAUUUACCAACUGAAGAAAAUAUGGAAGUAUUAAAAGUUUCAUUUUUUAUGGUUAAAUAUUUAACCAUAGCAAAAAUGAAUUAUAAUUGGUUUGAUAUUCAACGGUGUAUGUGUAUGUUUCCAUCUCUACAAGAACUUUCAGUUUCUUUUAACAUUAUUAACAUCAUACAAAAACCAUUAAAAGAUGACAAUUUAACGAAAAUAUGUAAAUUAACUCUUGAAGGAAAUUUGAUAUCUAAUUGGGAUGAUAUUCUUAAAUUAGGGUCACUUCCAUGCUUAGAAUACCUUAAUUUAAAUUCAAAUAAAGUAGACAAAAUAAGGUUCCCAACCAUUGAACCAACAGCAAAAACUACAGCCUUUUCUAAUUUACGGCAAUUACAUAUAUCUCAAAAUAACAUAUCAGAGUGGCAAUCUGUAUCAGAACUAGAAAAGCUUAAUAAUUUAGAAGAUUUGAAAUUUAGAGAAAAUCCUAUUUUAAAAAAUGAAAAUAUAGAGACUGCACGACAAUUAGUUAUAGCAAGAAUCUCAAAAUUGAAAUCAUUAAAUGGCACUGAAAUUUUAUACAAUGAAAGACGGGGUGCUGAGUAUGAUUAUUUGAAAUUAUUUUUACCAAAAUGGUUAGAAACAGAAAAUGAGACCGAAAAGAGAAAUCGAUUCAUAAUUGAACAUCCUCGAUAUCCAGCAUUGAUUGCAAAAUAUGGAAUUUCUGAUAUUCCCUCAUCCAAAACGAAAGUGGAAAUGGUUUCCAAUGUCAUAACAGUAGAAUUUGUAUGUCCGGAUCAUCCGAAUCAACCUAGAGGAAUCAAGAGAAAACUUUUAAAAGAUAUGGAAGUUCAAAAAGUUAUUGGACUUGCACAACGACUUUUUAGAACAGGAGGAAAAAUACCAAAACUUUCAUUUAUACAACAAAAUCUUUCUAAAGACGAAAUACCUCUUGAUAAACCACUUCAAGAACUCAGCUAUUACUCAAUACAAGAUGGAGACCAAGUUAUUGUAAGGUGGUGAUAUUAAAUGAAUUUCAUAGAUAUAAUUGUAUUUUGUACACUGUUAAAAUUUCAUCACCAUACUUUGUUAUUAAACUUUUUUAAUUGCA